GUUACCAAAUGGCAGGCUGCUCACCCUCAGGUGGAGGUGUCCAUGGACUCUGUUCAAGGCCACACACUAAUUUCCCAAUGCAAAGGUUACGUCAAACUGUGCGGUUCACACUGGAGUGUAUAAAAGCAGGAGGGAGUGUGUGCAGACUGGAUCCACCCAGCCAACUAAAUCUGUAGCUCUGAGAUUCAUUCCACAGCUGCAGACAUGGUCAUAAGUGUUGCUCUCAUCUGGGCCGUUGUUGUGGGACUCUGCUGCUGCCUGUGGCUCAUUCUGGGAAUCCGCAGGAGACAGCCAGGUGAACCUCCAGUAGAAAAUGGCUGGAUCCCCUACAUGGGUUGUGCGCUUCAGUUUGGCGCCAACCCACUGGAAUUCCUCCGUGGCAGACAGAAAAAAUAUGGUCACAUUUUCACAUGUAAGAUCGCCGGCCAGUAUGUUCACUUCCUCUGUGACCCAUUCUCUUACCACACUGUUAUCCGUCAAGGGAGGCAUCUAGACUGGAAAAAAUUUCACUUUGCAGCAUCUGUCAAGGCAUUUGGUCAUGAAAGUAUGGACCCGAGUCAUGGCUACACAACCGAGAACCUUCACCAGACCUUUCUGAAGACGUUGCAAGGCGAUGCACUUCCUUCUCUCAUUGAAACCAUGAUGGAGAACCUGCAAAGUGUCAUGCUGCAGUCCAACAUGCUUAAAUCCAGCAGCUCUGAAUGGGAAGUGGAUGGAAUCUUCGCUUUCUGCUACAAAGUGAUGUUUGAGUCUGGCUACCUCACGCUGUUCGGAAAGGAGCUGGAUGGAGACAAGACUGCUGCACGUCAACAAGCCCAGAAAGCCCUCGUCCUCAGUGCUCUCGAGAACUUCAAGGAGUUCGACAAGAUUUUCCCUGCGCUCGUCGCAGGCCUCCCCAUCCACGUAUUCAAGAGUGGCCACAGUGCACGAGAGAACCUUGCCAAAACCAUGCUGCACGAGAACCUCAGCAAGCGCACCAAGAUUUCUGACCUCAUAUUGCUGCGAAUGCAGCUCAAUGACUCAUUAUCAACCUUCAACGAGCUGAGCAAAGCCAGGACUCAUGUUGCUAUCCUGUGGGCCUCACAAGCCAACACCUUACCAGCAACUUUCUGGAGUCUCUUUUACCUGAUCAGAUGUCCAGCAGCAAUGAAGGCAGCUACUGAGGAAGUGAAGCACAUGUUUGAGAGUUCAAACCAGAAAGUCGAUCCUAAAGAUCCUCAACUCAUCCUAACCAGGGAACAGUUGGAUAACAUGCCAGUUCUCGACAGUGUAGUAAAGGAAGCGAUGAGGCUGUCCAGUGCCUCUCUGAAUGUAAGGGUGGCUAAAGGAGAUUUCUUGCUCCAGCUGGACAACAACGAAUCGUACCAGAUCCGUAAAGAUGAUCUAAUAGCACUGUAUCCACAGAUGCUCCAUUUCGAUCCUGAGAUCUACGAAGAUCCUCUGAUGUACAAGUACGACAGAUACUUGGAUGAAAACGGACAGGAAAAGACGUGUUUUUACCGAGGAGGACGUAGACUGCGGUAUUACUACAUGCCUUUCGGCUCCGGAGUCACCAAAUGUCCUGGAAGAUUUUUCGCUGUUCAUGAGAUUAAACAGUUCCUGUCUCUGAUGCUGUCCUACUUUGACAUGGAGCUUCUGGAUUCUGAAGUAAAAGUUCCUCCUCUGGAUCAGUCACGUGCAGGCCUCGGUAUUUUACAGCCCACGUAUGAUGUCGACUUUAAAUACCGCCUCAAAAAGCAAUAGGAGCUUAACGUUCUGUUCAUAUUUAUUGUAAAUAGUGUAUAUUAUUUUUCUUACACAUGAGGAGAUGCCGUCACUGGCAAACUGUUGUUUUUAAUAGUUAAAUGUGUAACGUGUACAAUAUUAGAAAUAUCAUAAGUUCAAAACAUUCAACAUGUUUUUGUGGCCAAACCAGUAUUAAAGAUUCUCGCAGAUGAAGUGAUCCUCACCAUGUCCUUAUUAACAUUCCACUGAGAGAGCAAUGAAAUAUAAGUUAUAAAUUAAUAUUGUGCUGAUUUCAAGCAUUUCUUUUUGUAAUGAUGAUAAAUGAUCAUGAUGACACUUCAAUGCUGUGUAAGGUGUCUCUGCUGGCUGGUAUCAGUGAUCUUUACUGCUUGCUGAGCCAAGAGUUUCUAUACAUAAUGAAAGACUGAGUAAAAAACACUACUGUAUGGUGUAUAAUGAGAAAUUCGAAGCAGAAUUGUUUGUGAAAAUUUUGGU